UCGCCGUGUGGCUGACGCCUGAGGAUUGCGUGCAAGAGGCUCCGUUACCAUUGUUGUGCGGUCAUCUUCUCGAUAUUGCGUGGACUAGUUUGAUGUCAAACAUCGCUGCGUUUGAGGAGGUCAGCGGAUGGUUUGAGCCUCUGCUGCUGCACUAUCGCACGCUCCAUCGCAACAGCCAUGCAAUGGAUGACAAAACCCAGGUAAUGUUCACGAACCUUCGCAACGAAUGCAGGAUAAACGAGCACGAGACAAUCGAAGAGGCGAACAAUUUGACGACGAUGUCAGCUCGCAAGAGGAAGAGCGAGCCGUUCAAAGACAGAAAGGAGGUCAACGAAGCGUUCGCACAGCUAGAGUCCGAUGCGCAGGACAAUCUGCAGAAGUUGCAUGCGUUGAUGUUGGCAAGGAAGGGGCGAGGACGGGAUCUAACUUCUGAGCAGCAGGAUGUCCCUGGAAUUCUUGCCAUGCAUGUCACGAACUGGGACUGGCAUACUCGCAUAUCAAAAAAUGGCAAGCGGGACAGAGAGCCACUGAUCAAGGCAGUAUUGCUUGAUCUUGUCAAAAUUCGCAAAAGACGCGAGGGUCUAUUCAAAGAUCCAAUGGUUGCAGGUCUUCGCACGAUCCUGGAGGAGGUCAUCGCUAAGCACACGAGAGCAGUUAAUACGUCUGGGGAGAACGGACAGACCGUCAAGCGUAAGAGGUGGUUAUGGUACGACGGAGCCAAGAUUCCGCCAGACGUUACUCCUGCAUUGGAGACUGUGCUCACUGAGGACUGUCACACGAUAAAUGCACACAUGCAGAGUCGCCAGGACAUGGAGGGGAAUGAUCGCGCUGCUAUCAUGAAGCUAGUCGGGUAUGUCGAACGCAUGCUAGUUGCAAAGGCGACGUCGUCGACCCACAGUCCGGUGGCAGCGAACGUCGUUCGAGAGCUCAAGAAGCUCAUACAUGCACUGGAGAUCAAUUCUACACGUCUCCGCAUGCGAGCACUAAAGAAUGACGAUAGGCUCGCUUAUGACAUCAUGGAUACAGUCAAUCUCAAGAUAACUCUUAUGCAAGGUUUGGAGGACGAGAACACCAAUGCAAGUAUACUGAACAGGAAGACGAAUCACCUGUGGCUGGACCGAGGCGCGAUGGACAACCCCAGAAGUCGACAGCAGCCGCGAUCGAAGAUGAUGCCGGACACCCCGGGAGCCAAGCCACAUCUUCGGGAUCUGGGCGGCCGAAACCUCGUCCCAUAGCGCAUCGCAAGAAUAAUGAUAACACGACCACGCGUACUGACUCACACGAUAUGAUCGCUGAUGCCUUCUCAUCCCCGCGCUCACAAAGCAAGGGAA